CGGAGCGGGGCCGGGCCGGCACCGCCCCCGCCGCCGGCAGGGCCGGCUCUCCAAGAUGGCGUGGGCACCGCCUCCGUCGGCGGCCAAGCUGUACAGGCCGAACCGCUUCGUCUCGCUGCCCGCCGAGCUCGACCCCGUCACCUACGACACAUCGCCGGAGAAGCUCCGCGCCGAGGCCGAGCGCCUGGCGAUCCGCUCCCGCCUCAAGCGGCAGUACCUGCUGCAGCUCAACGACCCCGGCGCGCCCGCCGUCAUCGAAAAUCCCGCCUUGAUCCGCUGGGCCUAUGCGAAGUCGCAGAACGUCUACCCUACUUUCCGUCCGACACCCACGACGUCCUUUCUAGGAGCUGUUUAUGGGUUAGGCCCCCUCCUGUUCUGGAUCUUUGUGUUAAAAGCUGACAGGGAUCGUAAAAAGAAGCGUAUCGAGGAAGGUAAAUACAAGCGAUCGCCGCUCAGUGUAUUCUUCUAAGGCCCUGGAACUGCAGUGAUGUUCUUGGGACAUAAAUAAAAUAAGAUGCAUUAUGUGAUGACAUUUCUCUGUCACAAAAAUAAAUCUUAAUUGCUUGUUG